CCUUUGCUGACCAAUACCCAUGUGAGGCACCAAUAGCACUGGGUGGGAUCCUCUGCUUGUUCCUCUCCGCCCCAUCCAGACCCUUGCUUUGCUUCGCUCCUUCCUCCCUUGCUCUGCUGGUCCCCCAAUGCCCUUUUAGCUGCCAUACAGGCAGCUCCAAAUUUCCCUUUAAACUUUCUUUUUUUUCCCCUGUAAGUAUUUAUUUGAUUUUAUUUGCCACUUUCUUCUGUUUUUCCUCGUCACAACGGAAGACUGGAGGAUGAAACAUCAACACGUGGAAAUGGAAUAAUUUACUAUGAGGGACAUGGAUUUUAUUUUUUUUUAAUUAAUAAGUCAUCUUGGAUUGGAUAUACUGAAGUUAUCCCCAGGCGGUUCUAAAUGAAGAGGCUUGGUUUAUAUCUCUGAGAUAGUCUCCACGUCACCAUGGCUGAAGGAGCCAAAUCCCCCUCGGCGAGUGCAGCCGGGGGCUCCAGCAGAGCAGCACAGACAAGCUCUCUCAAAUCAAAAGCUUUGGAGGUCGUCAGAAAGGUGAAAGUGUCUGUGGAGCUGCUGAUCGCCCUGGCUGCUCUCCUGUCCUGGGUGGUAGUAGGUGUGGUGAUGUUUGACUUUGUCGAAUACAAAGCAGUACCAGAUGUACACCAAAUCAUUACGGACCCAGUUCAAGCUGUAAACGAUGCUGUAGACGAGGUGUCCAGUCUGCUAAAUAAGUUCCAAGAAUGUGCUCCUGAUUUAAGUAGCCCCUCGUCUGCUGCGUCUUACGCUGCUGAAGAGGUUAUAGAAGCAAAAGAUGCAUUUGUUCGAUACUUUUCAGAUGAAGAAGGAACCUUUUAUCCAAGCUACAUCGAUCCCGUGGUCAUUGGAAGAAGAGCUUUCCACUCAACCAAUGACUUUGUGUAUGGAGUGGUUGGCUCCUUCAGGGAUUCACUGUGUGCUACUGUGGAUACUGUAACGGAUGCAGUUUUGGAUAUAAGAAAAGGAAAACUUGAUCUCAGCUACAUUGACCCUGUGAUAAUUGGCAGAGGGUUCUUCUGUGUUAUUAAUAACUUUGUUUCCGAAGUGGGGGCCUUCAUUCAGAAUUUGCUCUGCCUCCUAGUGGACUCCACAUUGGAUGUAGUGAAAGGAACCACUGACAUUAGCUUCAUCGAUCCUGUGGUAUUUGGCAGGACAUUUUUCAAUGUUAUAAAUGACACUGUUGGUGGAAUAACGGGCUACGUCCAGGACAUACUGUGUGCCAUCUUAGACACCGUAUUGGAUGUGUCUAAAGGAACAAUAGACAUCAGCUACGCCGACCCCGUGGUCCUGGGCAGGAAAUUCUUCAAUACCAUUAAUGAUGCUGUGAAUGGAAUAGUGGGCUGCAUUCAGGACAUACUUUGUGCUUUAUUAGACAUCAUAUUAGAUAUCUCUAAGGGAACCAUUGACAUCAGCUUUAUUGACCCUGUGGUGAUCGGCAGAAAUAUCUUCCAUAUUCUUGAUGAGUUUGUGAAUAACAUCACAGGACACGUCCAGAAUGUGCUUUGUGUGAUCUUGGAUGUGGUACUGGACACAGUGAAAGACCUCCAGGAGGCUGUGGGAUUCAGGCCCUUAUCAGCUCUUCAGACAACAGCAGAAAUCAUUAAAGAACAUAUCAACAUUGUUAUGAGCUACCUCUCUACAACGCUGAUAGGUGAACAAGCGAUCAUUCCGGAAGUUUCCGUUGACCCGAUGAAAGUUGUUGAGGAUGCGGUACUGGAAUUUACCGACAAGAAGGAUUUGUUCUUGGGCUACAUGUCAAGUAUGCUUGGUGGUGAUCAAGGUGAACCUGUCAGUCCUCCGGCUGUAAAUGUUGUCACUGAAAAAGAUGAAGCUGUUGUUUCUCCAUCUGAUAUCACUCUGGUGAGAAAGAAAGGGGAGUUUCUACCUCCACCUGAAAAAGUUGCAGAGAUGAUGCGUGCCGCCGAAGAUGAAGCUGCCUCUGCUGCAGAGGAGGCUGAGGCUGAAGAGGCCGCUGGAGCUGCCGAUGAAGCAGGAGUGACCAAAGCAGAGGAAGAUGAGGUGAAACAAACCGAAGACAUCCAACUUGAGACUUCGCUGAAAGAGCAAAUCAUAGAUGUUGGAAUUGAGGAGGAAACAACGGUAGAGGAAGAAAAGACGGUGGAUGAGGUUAAACCAAAGGAAGAUCCAGAACAACUGGCACAUGAGGAAAAACCUGAGGUGGAAGACAAGACUUUAAAAACAGGACCAGAACAAGAGGAGGGAGAAGUUAAAAUAGAAGACAUCUUGCUAGAAGAAGAAGAAGAGGAGACGCCAACAACAGAAGGAGAGUUAGCAGAACAAGAGGAAGAGGAAAAAACAAAAAUUGAAGCAAGAGUAGAAGAUAAAGGAGAGGAAGAAGAGGAGGAACCUGAAACUUUUGAGGUUUUGGUAGAGAGUAAGGAGGAGACUGAGGAGAAGGAAGAAUUAGGAGAAAUAAAAACUGAAGGCAGGGAACAAGAUCAGGAGGAAAAGGAGGACUCCACAGCUGAAGAGAAACUUAUUGACAGUGAGGGGGAAGACGACAAAGCACAGUAUGAAGCUGGUGAUGAAGAUUUGGAAAAACAGUCAUUAGCUCGACAACCAGAACUUCUGCUUUCCAAAACUCCUGUUAAUGACUCUGGUGUAUCCGAGUCAGGCGAACAGGAAGAGGAAAAAGUAGGAACAUCUCCUGAUUACAAAAACAAAGAUUAUGCAGAACUAAAGCAUGACCACGAUGAAAAUAAUAAUAACAGCGAGAGCAAAAAGGCAGAACCUGAAGAAAAGAGGAAGACUCGUGUUCCCUUUGAGAGGAUGAAGAAAGCUGACUACAAAGUAUCACCAAAAGAACCCGCCGGCCAAUAUGAGACAGAACACAAGGAAAAAGAAAGGGAAACUACUACUACCGCAGAAGACAAGCAAAUUCUGAAAGAACAAAUACAAGUACAAAUAUAUACAGAAGAAAAGAAAUCUCACACAGAAGAAAUAAAGGUCAAGACAACUCCAAAAGAAGAAAUAAAAGCAGAGAAGCCUCCCAAAGAGAAAAUAAAAGUUGAGAAACAUCUGAAAGAGGAUACAAAAGUCGAAAAGCCUCCAAAGGAAAAGGUAAAGGCAGAGACGCCUCCCAAAGAAGAAACAAAAGUCGAGAAACCUGCAAAGGAAAAAGUAAAGGUGGAGAAGCCUCCCAAAGAAGAAACAAAAGUCGAGAAACCUGCAAAGGAAAAAGUAAAGGUGGAGAAGCCUCCCAAAGAAAAAGUAAAAGUUGAUAAACCUCCAAAAGAAGAAAGAAAAGUCAAGAAACCUCCCAAAGAUAAGGUAAAAGAUGAGAAACCUCCUAAAGAAGAAACAAAAGUUGAGAAACCUCCAAAAGAAAAACUAAAAGUGGAAAAGCCUCCAAAAGAAAAGUCAAAAGUCGAGAAACCUCCGAAAGAAGAAACAAAAGCUGAGAAACCUUCGAAAGAAAAAAUAAAAGUCGAAAAGCCUCACAAAGAAAAGGUAAAAGUUGAGAAACCUCCAAAGGACGAAACAAAAGUCGAGAAACUUCCCAAAGACAAAAUUGAAGUCGAGAAACCUCCAAAGGAAAAAUCAGAAGUCAGGAAACCUCAAAAAGAAAAACUAAAAGUCGAUAAGCCUCCAAAGGAAAAAGUAAAGGAGGAGAAGCCUCCCAAAGAGAAGGUAAAAGUCAAUAAACCUCCGAAAGAAGAAACAAAGGUUGAGAAACCUCCAGAGGAAAAAGUAAAAGUUGACAAACCCCCAAAAGAAAAACUAAAAGUCCAGAAACCUCUCAAAGAAGAAACAAAAGUUGAGAAACUUCGGAAAGAGGGAAUAAAAGUCGAGAAACCUCCUAAAGGAGAAACAAAAGUCGAGAAACCUCCUAAAGAAGAAACAAAAGUCGAGAAACCUCCUAAGGAAAAACUAAAAGUCGAGAAACCUCCAGAGGAAAAAGUAAAAGUCGAGAAACCUCCUAAAGAAGAAACAAAAGUCGAGAAACUUCGGAAAGAGGAAACAAAAGUCGAGAAACCUCCAGAGGAAAAAGUAAAAGCGAAGAAGCCUCCCAAAGAAAAGGUAAAAGUCGAGAAACCUAUAAAGGAAAAAGUAAAGGCAGAGAAAGCUCCGAAAGAGGAAACAAAACUCGAGAAAUAUCCCAAAGAAAAGGCAAAAGUUGAGAAACUACCAAAAGAUGAAACAAAAUUCGAGAAACCUCCCUCAGAAAAAAUAGAAGUCGAGAAACCUCCAAAGGAAAAAGUAAAAGUCGAGAAACCUAUAAAGGAAAAAGUAAAGGCGGAGAAGCCUCCAAAAGAUGAAACAAAACUAGAGAAACCUCCCAAAGAAACCAUGAAAGUCGAGAAACCUCCCAAAGAAACAGUAAAGGCAGCAAAACCUCCCAAAGAAGAAACAAAAGUUGAGAAACCUCCCAAACAAAAAGUAAAAGUUGAGAAACCUCCAAAAGAAAAACUAAAAGUCGAGAAACCUCCAAAGGAAAAAGUAAAGAUGGAGAAACUUGCCAAAGAAAAACUAAAGGUCGAGAAACCUCUAAAGGAGGAAACAAAAGUCGAAAAGCCUCCCAAAGAAACAGUAAAAGUUGAGACGCCUCCAAAAGAAGAAACAAAAGUCGAGAAGCUUCCCAAAGAAGAAACAAAACUUGAGAAGCCUCCAAAGGAAAAAGUAAAGGCGGAGAAGCCUCCCAAAGAAAAAACAGGAGUGAAGAAACCUCCGAAAGACGACUCAAAAGUCGAGAAACCUCCCAAAGAAAAGGUAAAAGUCGAGAAACCUCCAAUAGAAAAGAAAGAAAAGACACCUGUCAAAGAAGAAAUAAAGGUUGAGAAACCACCUAAAGAAAAGAAACCUGUCAAAGAAGAAAUGAAGGUUGAAAAAGCACCAAAAGAAGAAAUAAAGGCAGAGAAACCUCCAAAAGAAAAGGAAGAAAAGAAACCUGCCAAAGAAGAAAUAAAAGUGGAGAAACUGUCCAAAGAAAAGAAACAUGUCAAAGAAAAACAGAAGGUUGAGAAACCACCAAAAGAAAAGGAAGAAAAGAAACCUGUCAAAGAAGAAACAAAGGUCAAGAAACCUCCCAAAGAAAAACUAGGUGUUGAGAAACCUGUCAAGGAUAAGAUAGAAGAAAAGAAACUUUCAGCAGAAGAAAAAUCUGAACAGAAACGCCAAACAGCAAAAAUAGGAGUAAAGAAACCUAAAGAAGAUAUUAAGCCCAAAAGAACAAUCAAGCAGGAGUUUCCAACUGUCCUCAGGAAGCAACAUCUUAAUGUGACAAAACCUGAAACCACUCCAAUCAAGACCAAAAAGGUGGCAGUUGUGAAAAAGCUCGAAAUCCCAGACAAAAACGUCUCCUUAACAAAGACGAAAGUAGUAAAGGCAGCGCCGCUACGAAAAGUUCCUGAGGCUCCAAAAGAAACAACCAAGCCUUCAAAAGUCAAAAAAGUUGUUGAGGUUCUUAAGGAGAAGAUUGAACCUAUCACUCAGAAAAAAGCAGCUGUUAUUAAGGCAAAACCAGCACCUGCUGAAAAGAAGAAAGAGAAAACUGUCCCGAAGCAGACGGUAAAAGAUAAAGCUAAAGAAGACAGAGUUCUUAAAGAGAGACAGGAGCCGGCAAAGAAAGAAAAACCUGCUGAGAAGGCUGCCAGAGACGAGAAGGUUGAAGAACAACUCUUGGACAGCUUUCCCAUGGAUGACGACCUGCCGUACUUCCAGUGUUUCUUCCUGGACGAGGACGAGGCUCAGUUUCCAUUUUAUGCCUUCUCACCUCUACACAUUUAACUCCUAGUGUGCAUCUAAUCUGAGGUGGCCCUACUCAUAAUGACAAAGUCCUGUCACACUCCGGGCUGCAGAAACAUGGCAGCACCCGUUCACUGUGUCCAACAAGCAACCAGAGCGGCUGAAAUGUGAAGGACUGUUUUUAUCGUUUUGUUCGCGGGUCUGGUUGAGCUCUCGUUUUGAAUACACAAAGACAGCGUCAUUCCUUUUGAUUCAUUUCCAAUUUCUGCACUCCAGUUAUAUUUUAACUUGAACAACCAAGACUUUUGCAAAUAGUCGGUGCAUAUAUUUAGUUUGCUUUUCAAAUAUAACACAUUUCAUAUAAUCUCACUGAUUUAAAGAAUUUUGUUCUCUUAAAGGAAAAAAAAAUCUGAAACAUAGCAGAAUUUUUCUUUUAAUUUUUGCAUGUAAACUAUGGGAUGGAAUGACCCUGCUCUGUAUCCGAAAGCUCCCAGACUCACUGGCAGGAUGAUACCUGCGAUUAAGUCUUAUUUAAUGGAACCAUCUGCACCAAGUGCUUGUUUAAAAGUUGGUGCUACUUUUCUUGAACUCUGGUUUGAGUCCAAGUUUAUUUUGAGAUGGUUUUCACCAUCUGGUCUCUGUAAUUCCUUGACUGACCAAACACAUGACGUCGUUACCAGCUGUACCUGGUAUAUUUGGGGUAAGUAGGUUCUUCUGCCCAGGUAACAUCUAAACAUCCUGGUGCUGAGAUGUUCACCGAGGGCAAAACCCGACAUCGAUCAUGCAACAGCAACUGAUUUUCUUAUCCGUUGCUCCCGACUAGCAAUGUUAUUGACUGUAUGGUGGAUUCCACGCAGAAACUUUUAAGAGUUUUCUGAGCCGUGGUCCAACUUAGACCUGGCAACACAGAAAUCCUGAGAUGCUCGCGGAUUGAGCUUCGCCAGCUGCAUAUGGUACAUUGGCUUUUUUUGCACCAUUUGCUGCACAGAAGACAUGAGGCGUGCUCUGAUUUAAGGCGCCAGUCCUGAGUCGAAUGUAAAACUCCUUACAGAUUCAGAGGAAAUUCUAGGAACAAGCUCUACGACGGGGCAGAUGUUGCAGCUCUCCAGUGACUUAUACUGUAAAGGCUGCAUAUUACAGUGAUGUUUAUAAAUACCCACCAGAAAUGUGGUUGGUGUGUUCCUAUGUAAGGGUGAGCUGUCCUGUCGUUGCAUAUUUGCAGGAGGAAUGUGCAAUACUUAGUUAGUGUAAUGAUCCCAUUGAUUUGAUGGUAUCUUUGGCUGUCUUUUAAUAACCUGUGCAUGUUGCGUGUGUGUUUUAUGCUCCCAUAUGUUGAGCCUACAUGACGACUUCCUUUGAAUCACAACCUAAGUAGUAGCAGAAACACGUGAAAUACUGACGUAAUUUUAAACCAGAAACUCGUGUUGCUCAGAGACAACAAGAAUCUUGAUGUAAAUAGUUUAAUACAUGAAACGGGACUGUUUAUUUUAACUGGAACUAUUACCACCUAAACUGCAUUUUCCCUGCUGUAAACUUAUAUUAUGUAUAAAUUUGUCAGGCCCUCAGUAUUUUUGUCAAUAAAAGCAAUUUGUCAGCAAAACA